GUCCCCUUCGGGGUGACAUACGAAAAAAUUGGAACGAUACAGAGAAGAUUAGCAUGGCCCCUGCACAAGGAUGACACGCUUUCCCGGAGUGGUAGACCUACGGGUCUCAAUAUUUAUUUUUCCCUCAACGGUUGUACAUGUUCGAGUGAACGCAGAGUGAGUGAGAGCUGUACGCGUGUCUUAUAUGCGUUCGACGUCUUACCCGUGCCGCUGCUACACGAUCAUGAACGACGGCUGCUCGUAAGGGAUUGGCCGUUAUAG